AUGCAUUCCUUCUUUCAUUCGUUCAUUCUUUUAUUCUUUCAUUCUUUCAUUCUUUUAUUCUUUCUUUUGUAUUUUCAUUCUUUAUUUCGUUCUUUAUUUCGUUCUUUCAUUCUUUCUUUAUUCUUUCUUUCUUUCUUUCAUUCUGUGUUUCAUUCUUUCUUUCAUUCUUUCUUUCAUUCUUUUUUGGAAUUUUGUUUCAUUCUUCCAUUCUUUCUUUCUUUACUUCUUUCUUUCAUUCUCUCAAUUUUCUUUAAUUCUUUCAUUCUUUUUUCAUUCUUAUUUGUUCUUUAUUUCUUUCAUUCAUUCAUUCAUUCAUUCUAUCCUCUUUCUUUCUUUUUUUCUUUCUUUCUUUCUUUCUUUCUUUCUUUCAUUCUCCGUAUUUCAUUCUUUAUCAUUUCUUUUUUACUUUCUUUAUUCUUUCUUUCAUUCUUUUUUCAUUCCUUCUUUCUUUCAUUCUUUCCUUAUUUCUUUCUAUUUUCUUUCAUUCUUUCUUUCAUUCAUCUUUUAUUUUUCAUUCUUUCUUUCUUUCUUUAUUCUUUUUUUCUUUCAUUCUUUCUGUCCUCAUUCUUUCUUUCUUUCAUUCUUUCAUUCUUUCUUUCUUUCGUACUUUGUAUUUUCAUUAUUUCUUAUUUUCUUUCUUCUUUCCUUCUUUCUUUCUUUCAUUCAUUUUUUCUUUCGUUCUUUCUUUCUUUCUUUCAUUCUUUCUUUCUUUCGUCCUUUGUAUUUUCAUUAUUUCUUAUUUUCUUUCUUCUUUCGUUCUUUCUUUCUUUCAUUGAUUUUUUCUUUCGUUCUUUCUUUCAUUUUUUUUUCAUUCUUUCUUUUUUCGUCCUUUUAUUUUCAUUUUUCUUUUUUUUUCUUUCUUCUUUCUUUCUUUCUUUCUUUCAUUCAUUUUUUCUUUCGUUUUUUUUUUUCUUUCUUUCUUUCUUUCUUUCUUUUUUUUCGUCCUUUGUAUUUUCAUUAUUUCUUAUUUUCUUUCUUUUUUUUCUUUCUUUUUUCAUUGUUUUUCUUUCGUUCUUUCUUUCUUUCUUUCUUUCAUUCUUUCUUUCUUUCGUCCUUUGUAUUUUCAUUAUUUCUUAUUUUCUUUUCUUCUUUCCUUCUUUCUUUCUUUCAUUCAUUUUUCUUUCGUUCUUUUUUUUCUUUCUUUCAUUCUUUUCUUUCUUUCGUCCUUUGUAUUUUCAUUAUUUCUUAUUUUCUUUCUUCUUUUCUUUCUUUCUUUCUUUCAUUCAUUUUUUUCUUUCGUUCUUUCUUUCUUUCUUUCAUUCUUUUUUCUUUCGUCCUUUGUAUUUUCAUUAUUUCUUUUUUUUUUUCUUCUUUCUUUCUUUCUUUCUUUCAUUUUUCUUUUUUCUUUCUUUCUUUCUUUCUUUCUUUCAUUCUUUCUUUCGUCCUUUGUAUUUUCAUUAUUUCUUAUUUUCUUUUCUUCUUUCGUUCUUUCUUUUUUCAUUGAUUUUUUCUUUCGUUCUUUCUUUCUUUCUUUCAUUCUUUCUUUCUUUCGUCCUUUGUAUUUUCAUUAUUUCUUAUUUUCUUUUUUCUUUCUUCUUUCUUUUCUUUCAUUUUUUUUUUUUCGUUUUUCUUUCUUUCUUUCUUUCAUUCUUUCUUUCUUUCGUCCUUUGUAUUUUCAUUAUUUCUUAUUUUCUUUUCUUCUUUCUUUCUUUCUUUCUUUCAUUUUCAUUUUUUCUUUCGUUCUUUUCUUUCUUUUCUUUCAUUCUUUCUUUCUUUCGUCCUUUGUAUUUUCAUUAUUUCUUAUUUUCUUUCUUCUUUCUUUCUUUCUUUCAUUCAUUUUUUCUUUCGUUCUUUCUUUCUUUCUUUCUUUCUUUCUUUCAUUCUUUCUUUCUUUCGUCCUUUGUAUUUUCAUUAUUUCUUAUUUUCUUUUUCUUCUUUCUUUCUUUCUUUCAUUCAUUUUUUCUUUCGUUCUUUCUUUCUUUCUUUCUUUCUUUCAUUCUUUCUUUCUUUCGUCCUUUGUAUUUUCAUUAUUUCUUAUUUUCUUUCUUCUUUCGUUCUUUCUUUCUUUCAUUCAUUUUUUCUUUCGUUCUUUCUUUCUUUCAUUCUUUCUUUCUUUCGUCCUUUGUAUUUUCAUUAUUUCUUAUUUUCUUUCUUCUUUCUUUCUUUCUUUCUUUCAUUGAUUUUUUCUUUCGUUCUUUCUUUCUUUCUUUCUUUCAUUCUUUCUUUCUUUCGUCCUUUGUAUUUUCAUUAUUUCUUAUUUUCUUUCUUCUUUCCUUCUUUCUUUCUUUCAUUCAUUUUUUCUUUCGUUCUUUCUUUCUUUCUUUCAUUCUUUCUUUCUUUCGUCCUUUGUAUUUUCAUUAUUUCUUAUUUUCUUUCUUCUUUCCUUCUUUCUUUCUUUCAUUCAUUUUUUCUUUCGUUCUUUCUUUCUUUCUUUCAUUCUUUCUUUCUUUCGUCCUUUGUAUUUUCAUUAUUUCUUAUUUUCUUUCUUCUUUCUUUCUUUCUUUCUUUCAUUCAUUUUUUCUUUCAUUCUUUCUUUUGUCAUUCUUUUGUUUCAUUCCUUUUUCUUUCCCGUUUGUGUCUGACUCUCCAUUCUCUCAUACAUUUUUCGUCACACCACUCUCUUUUUCUCUGUCAUUCUUUUUACUGUCGCUUUUCUCUCUCCCUCAUUUCUUACACCUCGUUCUUUCUCCUUCUAGAUUUUCUUUCGCAAUCCAUUCUCUUUAUUCUUACAUUUCAUUCACUCUCUCGUUUUCUUCUCUCUCUUCUCUUUCUUCUCACUAUUAUUUCUUUUUCUUAUCUCCUCUUCUUCUCUUCCUCCAGUCUUUACCUUCUCUUUCAUCGCGUUCUCACUUUUCUCGUCUCUUUUUUUUUUACUCACUCCCGUCUUCUUUUUAUUUCCCCCCUCUUCUCUUCUUCUCUUCCCCCACUUCUCUUUUUACUUUCUCCUCCACUUCUCUAUUUGGUUUCUUUCUUCUUCUCUCUCUCUUCUUUUUUCUUUUCUCCUCCCCUUCUCUCUUUCCCAACUCUUUCCCCCUCUCUCUGCCUCUUAACUUUCUAUCUCUUUUCUCUCUCUCUCAUUUCUCGCAACUUUCACCUUCUCUUUCUCUAUGUUGCUUCUUUUUUUUUUUGUUUGUUUAUUUCCUCUCUCCUUCACUUCUCGCUCACUUUUUCUCUCUCUCUCUCUUGUUCCCUGUUUCGCUUUUCUCUCUCUUUGCUCUCUCUUUCUUUUCUCGUAACUCCUCUCUGUUUUUCUUAGUCGCUCUCUUUUCUUUCUCGUGUCCCACUCUCUUUCUCUUUGAUCUCAUUUUCUCUGCUAUGUACGGCAUUGUGUUGCAAAAAAUGAUGACUUUGCGAAAAAGUAAGUAUGGGAACACUUUGGGACCAGAGAAAAUCUCUCUUAUAUCCGGGUUUCUCUUAUAUCCGGGUUUCUCUAUCUGGGUCACACUGUAUUUAUUUUGUCUUUCCUUUGGGAAUUCUAUUUUUUUUAUUUCGUUCUUUCUUUCUUUCUUUCUUUCUUUCUUUCUUUCUUUCUUUCUUUCAUUCUGUCUUUCUUUUUCUUUGAUUCUUUCUUUUUUUUUCAUUCUUUUUACUUUCUUUCUUUCUUUCUUUCUUUUUUUCAUUCUUUUUACUUUCUUUCUUUCUUUUUUUCUUUUUUUUCAUUCUUUUUACUUUCUUUCUUUCUUUUUUCAUUCUUUUUUCUUUCUUUUUUUUCAUUCUUUUACUUUCUUUCUUUUUUUCAUUCUUUUUUUUCUUUCUUUUUUCAUUCUUUUACUUUUUUCUUUCUUUCUUUCUUUUUUUUCAUUCUUUUUACUUUCUUUCUUUUUUUCUUUUUUUUCAUUCUUUUUACUUUCUUUCUUUCUUUUUUUUCAUUCUUUUUACUUUCUUUCUUUUUUUUUCAUUCUUUUUACUUUCUUUCCUUCUUUCUUUUUUUUUCAUUCUUUUUACUUUCUUUCUUUCUUUCUUUCUUUUUUUUUUUUUUUCAUUCUUUUUACUUUCUUUCUUUCUUUCUUUCAAUUUUCUACUUUUCUACUUUUUGGUACCCUUUUUUAUUGUUAUUUACACAAAGCUGUACCAUUCUUUCGUGUGGGUCGUGCGGGACUCUGGGUUGUAAAAUGGAACGAUGCACCGGUGAGUCAUGGGUAA